UUGGAAUCUUUAUUUUGCAUAAUGUGGGUAAUCACAUAAUAGAAAUCUUCAUUUUCUCCAUAAAAGUUUGUUUUUAUGGUCAAUUUGAAUUGCGAGGGAAUCCUUAGAUUCUAGUUGUCCAUAAAAUGUAUCCUACACACCACAUGAUGAUGUGACCACCUUCCGAAUUUUACCUGCUUGUUGUCUUCCACCCAAAACGGUUCCUCCUACAGAGAAUCAAAUGAGAAGAAAGACUUUAAUGAUCCUGCAUUGUGGAAUUUGUCAAUUUAGAAUAUUUCCACAGUUCCUCCAGCUCAGAUCUUUAAUAAUGGAGUCCUCAAUGGAUAAUGCUAUCCAACCCUUCAAGCACACAAUUGGCAACGUCAUAGAUUCUUCAGCAAAUCCCAAUUUCUCAGAACUUAAAAUCAUUGUGGGUUUAGCUGUUUCAGCCUCAUCAAUCAAGCACAAACCAUACUCUUGUGUUCUUCUUCUUCUUCUUAUUCCAUGAUGAACCAAGAGGCAUCUUCUCUUUCAUGGUUUCAUGAUGUGUUCAUAUCUUCCAUUGAAGAAUACACAAACCAGAGCUUCAUGGACGAACUCUAUACUGCUCUGGUGCAGGCCAAGAUAGGCACCUUCAGAAAUGGAGAAAUCGGCACUGAACGGUUGAAAGCCAUUGAAGAAUCAAGGGUUGCAAUCAUUAUUUUCUCUAUGAACUAUGUAUGUUCCACAUGUUACUUGGAUGAGCUGGUUAGGAUCCUUGAUUGCAGGAAAAUGGUCGGCCAGACCGCUCUGCCGAUCUUUUAUGAUGUGGAUCCGUCCGAUGUUCGAAAACAGAGUGGGAGUCUAGCACAAGAAUUUGCAGAAUUUGAAGAAAGUUUCAAGUUGGAGACAGGGAAGGUGAGGAGAUGGAGAGAAGCUCUCACUGAAGCAGCAAAUCUGUCCGGGUGGGAUUUACGAGAUGUGGCCAAUGGGCAUUAUUCCAAGUUUAUCGAUGAAAUAAUUGAAGAAGUUUUGGCUAGAUUGAAUCAAAAGCAGUUGGAUUUUGAUACUUAUUUAGUUGGCAUGGAUUCUCAUGUGGAAAAAGUUAAUUCGUUGUUAAGUAUUGAAUCAAGUGAUAUCCGAAUUAUUGGGAUUUGUGGUGUUGGUGGAAUAGGUAAAACAACCAUUGCUAAGGCUGUUUAUAAUUUGAGUUUUCAUAGAUUUGGUGGUAGUAGCUUUCUUGCAAAUGUUAGAGAAGCUUCAGAACAGCCCAAUGGUUUAGUCCGUUUGCAAGAACAACUUCUUUCUGAUAUCUUGAUGAAAAAGAACAUUAGGAUAAAUAAUGUUGACAGAGGAGUCAUGUUGAUUGAGAAAAGACUACAAUACAAAAAAGUUCUGGUCAUUCUCGACGAUGUUGAUGAAUUGAAUCAAAUAAAUGCAUUAGUCAGAAAGCGAGCUUGGUUUGGUGCAGGAAGUAGAAUCAUCAUAACUACCCGAUAUAAGCACCAGCUAAAUGUGUUGGAAGCAGAUGAAGUGUAUAACGUUGAAGGACUGAAUACCAAUGAGGCCCUUCAGCUUUUCAGUUGGCAUGCCUUUAGAACAAAAAGUCCUUUAGAAGAUUAUGUCAAGAUCUCAUUUGAAGUGGUAGAUUAUGUUGGAGGGAUCCCAUUAGCUCUAAAGGUUAUGGGUUCUUUUCUAUUGGGCAGAAGUAAAAAGGAAUGGAGAACUGCAAUAGAGAAAUUAAAGGGAGUCCAACAUAACGAAAUCCAAGAAAAACUUCGAAUAAGCUUUGAUGCACUCGAUGAUACAGAAAAGGACAUAUUCCUUGAUGUUGCAUGUUUCUUUGUUGAAAUGAACAAAGAUGAUGUGAUAAGAAUACUAGAGGGUUGUGGUUUCUUUGCAGAAAUUGGAAUCAAUGAUCUCAUUCAUCGAUCUCUUAUAGAAAUCACUGAAAACAAUAUGCUUUGGAUGCAUAGUGUACUACGAGAGAUGGGAAGGCAAAUUGUUCGUGAAGAAUCCAUAGAAAUUCCUGGCAAGAGAAGUAGAUUGUGGGUUCGUCAAGAGACGUUUGAUGUAUUAACCAAAUGCAUGGGAACAAAAGCAGUUGAAGGCAUUGCCCUAGAUUUAUCAAAAUUAGAAAUUGUAAAGUUCAAUACUGAAGCAUUUGCAGAGAUGCCCAAAUUGAGACUACUCCAGGUCAAUUAUGUACACCUUCUAGGAGACUAUAAGCAUCUUUCUAAAGAGUUGAGAUGGCUCUGUUGGCAUGGAUUUCCCUUAAACUCAAUACCAAACAAUUUUAAUAUGGGGAACCUUGUUUUCCUUGACAUGCAACAUAGCAACAUCAGAGAAUUCUCAGAAGAAAGCAAACAACUCAAGAAAUUGGAAGUUCUCAAUCUUAGUCACUCCACGUUCCUAAAGAGAACCCCAAACUUCGUGAGAUUCCCUAAUAUUGUAAAGUUAAUACUAGCAGACUGCAACAGUUUGGCUGAGGUUCACCAGUCCAUUGGAAAUUCGCACAAACUUGUUUUUCUGAAUCUGCAAGAUUGUAGAAGCCUAAAGAAUCUUCCUGUCACCAUUUGUAAUCUGACAUCUCUUGAAAAUCUUACUCUUUCUGGUUGCUCAAAACUUGACAAGUUACCAGAGGAGUUGGGGAAUAUGGGAAGCUUAAAAGAGCUUCUUGCAGAUGGAACUGCUAUAAAACAACUACCCUUCUCCAUUGGACAUUUCAAGGACCUAAAAUCCUUAUCCAUAGGUGGGUUUAAAGGAUCACCACCUAAAUCUUGGCAUUCUUUCUUCUCAUCUUGGGGCUCAAAGAGUAAGGUUCCCAAUUCCAUCAGCAUACUUCCUGCUUCUUUCUCGCUUUUACGCUCCUUAAAAUCCCUCAUUUUGAAGGGCUGCAAUUUAUCAGAAGGGGCAAUUCCUUGUGAUCUUGGAACCUUAUCCUCUCUAGAAGAGUUAGAUCUUGGCUACAACAAUUUUUGUAGCCUACCUGCCAACAUUAGUUCUCUUUCUCAUCUACGGAAACUUCUGUUGCGGGAAUGUAGAAUGCUUCAAUCACUUCCAGAGCUCCCAUCAAAUUUAGAGGGACUGUGUACCAAUGGUUGCACUUCAUUGCAAAGUUUGCCAGAGCUUGGUAACUUAUCAUCGUUGUUUGAAUUGGAUUUAAGCUAUAAUAAUUUUUUGACCCUACCAUCCAGUAUCAGUGGUCUUUCUCAGCUUGUUUACCUUAAAUUAGACCACUGCACAAGGCUCCAAUCAAUUCCAGAACUUCCGUCAAGCGUGUGGAACUUGAACCUAGAAGGUUGCACAUCAAUGGACAGAUUAUCAAAUUUGUCAAAUCUAAAGGAAUUGCCAGCCUUGAUGCUCAGGAAUUGUGACGAGAUAGUAGAGAUUCAAGACUUGGAGAAACUGGAAAUGGUUGAUUGCAUUCACCUUGAAGGUUGCAACAAUUUGUCAAAUGCUUUUAAGCAGAAUGUCCUACAGACAUUGCCAAAAGGUGGUGAGCUCAACAUCUUUCUUCCUGGAUGUGAAAUACCAGAGUGGUUCAGCCAUCCGAGUCUGGGGUCUUCAGUUUCUUUUGAGGUGCCUCCACUUUCAGAUUAUAAGAUCCAAAAGCUAAUUCUUUGUGCUGUUUAUGUGGCAGAAGAGCUUUACACAGAGGACGAGGAGUUUGCGGAUUCUCCUUUCCUUAAUGUCAAUAACAAAACCAAGAGUAUUAAGUGGAGAUACAGUCCAACAGCUGCUGGAAUCCUAACAGUCCCCCAAGAUCACAUGUGGGUUGGAUGUAUACCAGCUACCGAGUUUGGUAAUCUGUUGGGGGAUGGAGAUGAGGUGGAGGUUUCAAUAGAAAUGGAGAAACCAAUCAAAGUGAAGAAGUGUGGGAUCCAUCUAGCUAUUGGUCCAUAUGAAGAGUGUUCUGAGUCAGAUGAUCAAGUGAGGAUCCAAUACAAUUCUUCUUCAGAAGACGAUGUCGAUACGGAUGGAAAUAUAUCAAUGGUAGAUAAUAGAGGGGCUAAGAGAAUCCGUGAUGAGAUGUGUCCCAGUAGCUCCUGGUCUGAUGAGGACCAAGAUCCAAAGUGGCUGACUGAUGAGGGAGAGGGAGGAGGCUACAGUGGUUAUUUUAAGCUCUUCCCAAAAGGAUUCUUGAAAAAAAUAUAUGGUGAAGGAUCAGUUAAAAUGAAAAAGUGAAACGAGUCCAGCAAUCUAAUCUUUAUAAUCUCUACCCUUCACUGAAGAUUGUAACUGUUUAUCAAGACAAAAUAGAUAGUGAGCACUGGUUGUAAUUAAGCUUAUUUUGUGAUAUGAUUUACUUCAUAUUCUGUUCCAAUCACUUUCCUCUUUGUU